AUGUCCAUCAAGACCCCCAAAUUCUCCGAUCUGCCACUGGACAAGAACGGUCCUCACCACAACGCCUGGGGCCUAUACGGCAAAGAUGACCAAUUAGGCACUCUAAACCGCCUAACCGACGAAGUCGUCAAAUCAGCCGCAUCAUCAGAAAUCCGCACAGGAAUCCGCAUAAACCUCGACUGGCCCCUCGAUGCCCAAACCGACAUCCCCUUCUUCGGCCGCCAAUCCUUCACAAAACACAUUUACCAAAAACCCCCCCGAAUCGUAAACGACGACGUCUGGACUUUCAACACGCAAUCAAGUAGUCAGUGGGACGGGCUGCGACAUUUCGGGUAUCAAAAGGAAAAAGUGUUUUAUAAUGGUGUAACGCUGGAUGAAAUUCAUGGGACGAAUGGCGUGUCAAAAACGAAUGUGAAUGGGAUUGGGGCUUGGGCUGAGAAGGGGAUUGUUGGGAGAGGGAUUUUACUUGAUUAUCACGCUUGGCGGGUUAGGAAUGGUAGGGAACAUAAGGCUUUUGAGACGGGGUCUAUUAGUGCCGAGACGCUUCGGGAAGUUGCAAAGGACCAAGGGACGGAGAUAAAAUUUGGGGAUAUUCUGAUCCUGAGGAGUGGGUAUUUGGAUGCACAUGGGAAACUGUCCAGAGAGGAGAUUGAGAUGCACCGAGCGAAGCAACCUUUGACUUUUACUGGAGUGGAGCAGAGUGAGGCUAUGAUGGAGUUUCUCUUCGAUAAUUUUUCGGCUUGUGCUGGAGAUCAUCCAAGCUGGGAAGCCUGGCCAACGCAGAAAGACUAUGCAUUACACGAGGUCAUGUUGGCCGGCUGGGGCAUGCCAAUAGGAGAACUCUUUGAUCUCGAGAAAUUGGCCGCGACUUGCAAGCAGCUGAACAGAUAUAGCUUUUUUGUCGUCUCGAAACCGAAUAAUGUCCCUGGAGGCGUGGCUAGUCCUCCGAAUAUCGUCGCUAUCUUUUAG